AUGCUUCCGAUUUUGGGAGGUGGAGGAUUCGGUGCAGUGUACAAGUUUAAAAACAACCUGGCAUUAAAGGUGCCGACCUCCGAGGCCUUUGCAAGGUCCAUCUACAGAGAAGUUGCUUUUAUGAAGAGGAUAGACAGCAAAUUUAUCUUGAGACUCGUUCACUCCUUUGACUUAAGACCUGGUUUUCCUGUCCUUUUGUCGGAGUUAUGUCCAAUGGACCUGGAAAUUCUCCGGGAGUAUUGGGAAACAUUCUUGGACGAAGUUCCACUUCAGAUGUUGAAAUAUAUUGCCACGUGCGUCUGUAUGGCUAUUGGGCACUUGCACCAACGGAACGUAGCCCAUUUUGAUAUAAAAACGAACAACGUGUUGAUAAGUGUGCACGGGAUUCCCAAACUAUGUGAUUUGGGGUCCGUUCACCCUCUCAAUGCGGCUGGGGAGAGUACCCAUGGGGUGGAAUUGAUGAACUUCACCCUAUACAAGAACAUGACCCCAGAGGUGCUGAGGGGUGGCGCCGCCUCGUGGAGAUCUGAUUACUACGCUUUGGGUAUUCUGUUGUUUGAAUUGAUGGAGGGAAGAGCCGAAGCCAGAAUGAAAAUCCUCCAAGGCACCAUCAUCUACACAGAUACAGAGCGUGUCUUCAGGGAUUUGAUUGACAGAUUAGUCUGUUGGCUUUGUGACUACUACGUGAAUAAUUUUCCAACCGACGUGGUCACCUCUCCCAUUUUAGACAUUGCUCAGGAAGUGUUGGCGGAAGAACAACUUGAGAUGGGCCCUCUGACUGCAAACAGCAGCGUCCGCAAUAUUGUUGACAAAGGCUAG